AUGAAGCUCAUGAUCCUAGCCUUGCUUGUUGCUGGUGCCUACGGAUGUGGGCUGCCCACCUUUAAACCUGUGCUGACCAGGGUGGUUGGAGGAGAGGAUGCCAGAGCACACAGUUGGCCCUGGCAGGUAUCUCUCCAAUACCGUAGUGGUUCCAGCUACUACCACACCUGUGGUGGAACUCUGAUCUCCAGCGAGUGGGUUCUUACCGCUGCUCACUGCAUCGGCAGCAGUCGCACCUACAGAGUCUACCUGGGCAAGCACAGUCUGGACACAGCCAAUGAGGCCGGCUCCAUCGCCAUCGCCCCUGCCAAGAUCAUUGUGCACGAGAACUGGGACUCCUACAGAAUCCGCAAUGACAUUGCCUUGAUCAAGCUGCAGACCCCUGUCACUUUGUCUGACUCCAUCAGCCCUGCCUGUCUGCCUCCAUCUGGCUCCAUUCUGCCCAACAACUUCCCUUGCUAUGUCACUGGCUGGGGACGUCUGUGGACCAAUGGUCCCAUUGCUGACAAUCUGCAGCAGGUCAUGCUCCCUGUGGUUGAUUAUGCUACCUGCAGCAGGUCCGACUGGUGGGGUAGCUAUGUGACAACAAGUAUGGUGUGUGCUGGAGGUGAUGGUGUUGUAUCCAGCUGCAAUGGUGACUCUGGAGGCCCCCUGAACUGCCAGAGCAGUGAUGGUUCCUGGGACGUGGCUGGAAUUGUGAGUUUUGGCUCUAGCAUGGGCUGCAACUACCCCAAGAAGCCCUCCGUUUUCACCAGGGUCAGCGACUACAUCAGCUGGAUCAACAACGUGAUGGUCAGCAACUGAAGUGUGACGUGUGACUAAUUUGUCAAGAUAAUUUGUGUUUGACCUAAUAAAAAUGUGCAAAC